CUCCUUGGCCUGGGACUGGAUCUCAGGGUGACAGGACAGUUUAAGCAUAACAACCCUCCAUGGAUCUGCCUUAUUACCAUGGCUGCCUGACCAAGCGAGAGUGUGAAGCUCUGCUCCUCAAGGGAGGGGUGGAUGGCAACUUUCUGAUAAGAGACAGCGAGUCUGUGCCAGGAGCCUUGUGCCUCUGUGUCUCGUUUAAAAAGCUUGUCUACAGCUACCGAAUCUUCAGAGAGAAAUAUGGAUAUUACAGGAUAGAGACUGAUGCUCAUAGUCCAAGAACGAUCUUUCCAAACCUACAGGAAUUAGUCUCCAAAUAUGGAAAACCAGAUCAAGGAUUGGUGGUUCACCUUUCAAACCCAAUAAUGAGAAACAACCUAUGCCAAAGAGGGAGAAGAAUGGAGUUACAGCUGAAUGUUUAUGAGAAUGCUGAUGAGGAGUAUGUGGACGUCUUGCCUUGAAGACAAGGACAUUGGACAAAGCAAGCUAGAGAAGAGAUGGCUCUGCUCUCAGCUGCCACACCUGCAAGUGUGAAUCUAAAAUGCCAAUUUCUACUGAGCCACUGAGACCCUCUGAUUCGGAUAGCAAGAUCUGUUCUGCAGCCUUGGAGGAGUCAUUUCUCAGACGCCUGCCUCCUGGCACAUUCCUCAAGAGGCUCCAAAGCCACUUCUUACUUCUUACUCCCCUAUCUUGAAAUUGGACAGCCAUAACCCAAUCUCCUGUCUGGUUAGAGGCAGCUCCCCUCCUUCCUUCAUGGUUGACAACUUCCAACAGAACAAUGGGAAGUGAAGUGGAAAGAGUACUUCAUAAAGCAGAAAGAAUACUCAAUAGUGACUUCAGAGUUCCCAUCCUGUGAUUCUAUGACUUUGGAGAAAUCACCCCCUCAUUCUCAGCUUCUUCAUCUAUUAAACAAUUGGUUGAUACACAUUACCUGGACUCUCUAUUGAGCCAGGUGGAGCAGGGGUUUGAGCAGCAAGAUCAGGAUCUAAGGAUACUGAAGGAGCAAACAUGUCCUUCCCACCUGUGAGGUCGUGGUCUGAUGGGGGCUGUGACCCAACUUGAAACUGUAGGUUUUUUUCACCUGAGCUCUAGUUCCUGAAUAAUAAAUACUCCUUGACUUGUUACUUAUGAAUUUAUGCCUAAACUUUGAGCUAGAAUUCUUACAUAGAUUGUAACUUACUGAACCCAUUUAUACCAUUCUGUACUGUUGCAUGCCUGCUUACCUCUCCUCAGUGUCAUACCUUUGACUUCCACCCAGACUUGGUCGUAGCAAAUCUUUCCUUGCCUAAUUAUUUCCCAGAGUUCCUCUCUUCUUUCUCUGACAGAUUUCCUUCCUUCAAAUCCUGCCUUAACUUAUUUGCCAUCAGGUAUUUAUUGACAGGUGAUACUUCCACAGAAUACACAAGAGAUUAUUCCGACUCUACCUAUUCUCCCUUUCCCUUCAAUGUGGCCUCGUCUUCUGCCUCUUCUUUCUAAGGUUUACCUUCUGUCCAACAUUUAUUCCUCUGGCCACAUUUUCCCCUAAUUUUUCCAAAUUCCACAGACGCAGCCAUCACUUUGCUAGCUCUGCCUUCUGGUAAAUGUGAUUAAAAUAUUUUUUUAUCAAGUUUUUUGCUUAGCUCACCAAGAAUUGGGUGUCACUCCAGCCCUUAUAUACCUAUAAAUCAUUACACUCUGGGGGUUUUGUUUGCUUGCUUGUUGUUUCUCUUUUUGUUGUUGUAUGGUUUGUUUGUUGUUGUUGGUUUUUUUUUUUUUUUUUUUUUUUUGAGACAGAAUCUCAGUCUAGCCCAAGCUAGCCUUAAACUGGAGGCAAUCGUCCUGCCUCAGGCCCCUAAGUGCAGGACUUACAGGCACAAGUGACCACAUGUGCCUAACCCUUUUUUCUUUUUUGACCUUCCCUUGACCUGCAUUUUUCCCAUCUUGCUGGCACCCUCUUGUGCCCAGAGAGACCCUCUUCUGCCUACAUCCCCUGCCUUGUCUGUUCCCCCUUCCCCGUUUGAUCCCUUCCUCCUGACUCAUAGUCCACUUUCUAAGAUCUGAUGUCCUCCAUAUGAAUGUAUUUGCACAUAUUAAUUCAAAUCUAGAUUUUGCAUAUAAGAAAACUGUGGUUUGUCCUGAAUCUGACAAAUGUCACUUAACAGGGUGAUCUCCAUGCCUGUCCAUCGUUCUGUGUGAAUGCUAUACAUAUGUGUACCAAUGUGUGACUACUUAAAGAUGUACUCAUAUGGUUGGUUCUAUUCCUGCCUAGGUUCUAAGAGCCAUCAGAGCAUGGCUGUGCCCAGCUUAUGGAAAUAGAUGAUGUACCGAAAUAUACCCUCCCUGAACGGAGGAAUUAAGGACUGAAAACAUUUUUCUGAAGGACUGGCUGAGUUCACUUUAAGGCCCCUGGAAUUUUUUGGCUAGUUCAAAAUGUUAAACUAAAGGCUGAAUAGACAUGUAACUCAAUGGACAAGAAUUUGCUUAGCAUGUGCAAAGGCCCCGGGGUUCAAUCAUGAGCAUAUGUAAAAUAAAUAGAGAAAGUUAAUUAAGGCCUGGUUAGAAC